AUUUUUGUAAAUAUUCUUGAGUGGUGACUUAAAUCAAGCAAUUGCAAUUCAAAAGAUUCUUGCCAUCCAAAUGUGUAGAUAAGUGGGAGAAAUCCACAUGCCACUUGCCGAGCCCAUGGAACAACUAGCAAGCGCCCCGCAUCGUCAUCUCGACUUUUGAGCUACCCAUCUCUCCCUGUCCCCUGCCAGCACGACCGUCACAAUGUCCAGCCAACAGCAAGUAGACCCUAAGAAGCAGCAGGAGCUGCAGCUCCAGUACACCAACUUCAAGAACACACUCCAACAACUAGCGCAGAAGAUCGGAGACAUUGAGCAGGAGGCUGAGGAGCAUAAACUCGUCAUCGAGACAUUGGACCCUCUUCCCGAAGAUCGCAAAUGCUUCCGCAUGGUUAACGGCGUCCUGGUAGAGCGUACGGUGAAGGAUGUGCUGCCGACCCUCAAGACGAACUCGGAUGGCCUGAAGCAGGUGCUGGAGGAUAUGCUGAAGCAAUACAAGUUGAAACAGACGGAGCUGGAUAGCUGGAAGAAGAAGAACAACAUCCAGGUUGUGCAGCCUUAAGGACAAAUGCUUCGGUUACACCUUUUGAUACCCGGCCUUUUCCAACAGUUGCACGUGUGGGCGUAUGAGCAGGAGAUCAUUGGCGUUUAUGGGAAUGGCAACAAAACUAGAGAACCUAGCAUGAUUCAUCUUUGAUCAUAGCGAAUUAAAAAUCAUAAUCAAACAUGACAUACAAGUACAAAUGGCCACUGUGAUUAAUGAAAUCUAUGAG